CAAAUUCGGCAGGGGGCGUAAGUGUAACUUAGCAACGAAAAUGGCGGCCGUGUUUGGGAAGAGUCGUCGGUCGGGUCGGCGGAAUGGUGAUCGUCAGUCUAAAUAAUCGAAUUCGAAACUGUUUGCCUUAGUAAAAAAAGAAGAGAAUACCAAACACAAAACUCCGAAUACAAGACUUGUUAUUUAGAUAUUAACAACGAAUAUUUGUUAAACAACGAAAUGCAUUUCUUUAUGUAUUUCUAAAUAAAAUGGCUAAUGUAAGAGAACAAGUAUUAGCAGCUAGCCGUUCGAGAACCGGAUGGCUUGAAAGAAACGUGGAAAAUUCCGACCAUAUUCCAUUUAUUAACGAUAUAAAAUUAAGUUUUGAAGAUAAGAUGCAAGAAAAAAUGGAUAAAAAGAUCAUUGGAAAUAAAGUAGAAUCUCCGAGAAAGAAAGGUACUAGAGUUAGUACUAUAGCAAGUAUGUUUCAAUCUUUAUCACCGCAGAAAGAUUGCGUUUCAAAAACUAUAGAAAUCCAUAAAGAUUCAAAAGUUUACCCAAAAAAGAUAGGAAGUGAUACUCUCUGCGGCGGUAAAGAAUUCGGAAGACCCGAAAGACACACGGUGAGUGAUUCUCCUCAUUACAAUUCCGUCUCAUCUCUUUCUCGGAGUGAAAGCCAUUUAACGAGAUUUAAUAAUGCACGUGCCAUGUUCGAACGUCUGCAGGAUCAGACUAAAAAAAUUUCCAAAAGUGUAGCCGCUACAAAAAAAGGUAACAAUUUAGGUAGUACUGAGUUCUUAAGUACAUCAUCGCCUACCAGUGACGUGUCUUCUCAUUCUUCUUUUACACCGUCUCCUAUAAAUUCCAAUGAAGAUAAUGUUACCGCUUCCGUCGAAAAACUGUGCGACACCGAAUGUUCCGUAUUUCCGAAAUGCAACGAAAACAUAACAGAAAAUCAUUGUUCCGACUUAAUUGAGAAGACUGAAAACAAAUUCGUAACGGAUUCAAAGUUAAAAAAUUAUCUUUCCAAAUCCGUCGAUACGGAUUCUAAAGAUAGAAUCGAAAUGAAUAACGACGAAGUAACGUACGAGAAGAAUAAAGCCAAUAAUGUUAAUUUAACUAAUUUGAGCACAAGUUCCUUUAAAAUAACACAAUCUUCAUAUUGUAAUGGUCUUUUGCCAAAUUCAGAUGAAAAUUGUGUAAUUAUAAAUCCUAUUUUUAGUCAGUGUGAAAAUACAUUUUUAUCUGAAAAUAUAAGUUCAUCACUGAAUUCCGAAUCAAAGAAAUCAUCAUCAAAUAUGUCUUCCAUAAAUUCCACAUUGCAAAAUCAUUUGUCUUCCAGCAAGAUCGAUACCGAAGAAUCUGCAGUAAUUAAUGAAAGCAAAAUUCCGUCUAAAGAUAAAAAGAUCGACACUUCAUCUUCCAAGUUUGAAAAUCAUCAAAUUUCAGUCGACAAAGAGGAAAAUCAUUAUGAAAAUAAAGAAAUCAUAAUGGAAUCAGAUAAAGUUAAAGAGCCAGCAGAAAAUACAAACAGCAGCCACACACCUAGUGCCAAUUUGGAAACAUUGUCUUCGAGCGAAGAAUUUAAUGGGGAAAAGUUUUCGUCGUGUCCUUUGCCAAAUGGCUAUACUUCGUCUUCUAUUAAAAAUGACGACGUAAACGAGAAAAUUGAUUGCUUGACAAAUAAUCAGAUAGAGAAGAAGUACGAAAGCUUGUAUACCUACGACGACGAUGCCCUCCAAGUCAUCGAUGGUGAUAUUAUAGAUAUUAUACCUAGAGAUUCGAUUUCUGAUUCUAAACCUCAGUUAUAUUUGCCAGACGUGUCCGAACAGCUUCUAACACAAAAUAUUUCUGUAAGAAACUUAUAUUCUAGUUCAACUCUUCAAUUUACAAAAGAAUUAACCAGAAGAGUAAACGAGUCGUCCGAUAAUGAAGAAAGCGAUAAAAAGAUCGAUUGUAAUCUCUCUAGUUGGAUUAAUAGCCAGCACGUCCCAUUUAAAGAUUGGGAGAAGGAAUAUGAAACUUCAGAACCGUCUACAGAUCACGAGGAUUCACAGAUCGGUAGCCCUUACGAAAAUAGUGGAAGUUUGCGCGAUUCAGCUGGCGAAACUCUUGCAGAAUUUGAAUGUCGUGAACACGAAUUGUUUUUAGUCGAAGCAGUUUUAGAGUCUGACGAUCAAAACUGUCAGUCUGGACCAUUUCCCAGUCCACCAGGAGAGAAGGAAUCGAGCGUGGAUGUAGAAUUAAUGACACAAGAAGAAGCAGAUAAAUUACUCAGUAAAUCUUCAAGACAAUCGUUGCUUAGCGACGAAGAGGCCCGAGAAGUCGUUUUACUAUUGACAAGACAGCAGACUGCAUCCAAUAGCGAUUUAUCGGAGACCGGAUCUUUAUCCGCUCCUUCUUCAAUGUACGAAGCCGGAGAAGAGGAAGAUCUUGCUGGAGAAGCAAUUUGUGAUACAGGAUUUUCAUCCGGAACGAGCGUAGUUUAUGAAGAUAUUGAGUAUCAUCUUUUGCCGGACGGUCAUUAUUUUAUUGAACAACCAGGAUUAGGUAAUGAAAGCGAUGAUGACGAAAUGGUUGAUUAUUGUAAUAUUCCAACAAGAAAAAGAAAAGUGAAAUUUAGUUGCAGUCCUAUUAAAGUAUUUAGCACUUACUCUGUGGAAGAAUACGACAGGCGUAACGACGAUGUGGACCCCGUAUCUGCUUCGGCCGAAUAUGAGCUCGAAAAACGUAUCGAAAAGAUGGAUGUUUUUCCAGUUAACAUAAUGAAAGGUCCAGAAGGAUUAGGAUUAAGUAUCAUCGGAAUGGGUGUAGGAGCGGAUGCUGGUCUCGAAAAAUUAGGAAUCUUUGUUAAAACGGUGACAGAAGGUGGUGCUGCACACAAAGAUAAUAGAAUUCACGUGAGUGAUCAGAUUAUUGAAGUGGACGGAAAGUCGUUAGUUGGCGUAACUCAAGCGUACGCGGCAUCAGUUCUUAGAAAUACCUCUGGUAUGGUCAGAUUUCUAAUCGGAAGAGAAAAAGAUGCCGAAAGCAGCGAGAUUGCUUUAUUGAUCUCUCAGUCUCUGCAAGCGGAUCGAGAAAGAGCUCAGCAUCAGGCGAUGAAUCGCAUUUCCGAAAAACUUCAUCAAGAAGAAAUUGUUCAGGGUUGUGAAAGUUCUAGUUUAUCUCAAGAUUCUACACCCGAAGAGGGAGAAGACGGCCCGACGGUGGAGGUGUUCGAUUUGGCAAACGACAGCAGCGAUUCCGUGUCACCCGACAUGGAUGUCGAAACACUGAGAAUUAAAUUACGUGAGGCUCAGUAUAAAAAUGCUAUUGCAGAAGCAGAGUUGCGCAAAGUAAAGGAAAAGUUGAUGGCAUUAGAACGUAUCGAGUCAGAACGGAUCGAAUUCCUGAGACAGUUAGAAGCGGCCCAACUGCAGCUUCAGGAGGCUGAACGUACGCUUCAGGCCACCUGUCAAGAAAUGAAUCAUUACCGUCAGAUGUUAGAAGAAAGCCAGGGACAAUUUAUUUCUUUGGAAAGGAAAUAUAUUAAGGCUAAGAAACUUAUAAAAGAGUUUCAACAAAGAGAACAAGAUUUUUUACACCAAGAAGAAUUUCACAUACAACAACUUCAGGAAAAAGAUCACGAAUAUAAUGCUUUGGUGAAAGCACUUAAAGACAGAGUAAUUCUAUUGGAACACGAUUUAGUUGAAAUGCAAAAGACGGCCGGAUUGCCCGUUCAACUGCCAUAUAACAAUAACAACAUGAAGCAAAUCACUUCUCAGAUAAAAAGAGAAAUUUCUUAUACAUCGAAGCCAAGAAUUGCAACUAACAUUUCAUUGUUGAAGAAAUUAGAAAUUGAUGUAUCCGACGGAGAACUUUCAGACAGCGACGUAAACAAGUUUGCCCUGAGUCCCGACGAAGAAGACGAGGAGAACAGCAAAAGAUCUACCGUGGAACGAAAACCCAUUAAAGAGGACUGUUUCGAUAGGGCGGUUCCUCAGACUGAAUUAUUAGACAUCAGUGCAGCUAAAGCAAAAGCCGAAUUAGCUAGUAAAGGAAGUUUAGCUAAUCGUCAGCCUCCUUCUUUAAAGAAACAGUCUAGUAAUGGAAGUAUGGAACUAAGUUCUCCAGGCGAAAGAAGUUCUGAGAGCUCUCUGUGCGAUGAUAGCGAGGAUGAAAUUAUAUUAAGAAUCCAUGCCGGUGGAAAUUCUGAAGAAACUAACCAAAUGGAAGGAAGUUCAGACAGUGUAUUUGUAUUGACUGCCGAACACAUUCAGUUCUCUUCUUUGGAGUCGUCUGCAUUGGAAUCUUCUGGAAAUAUUUCUUCAGUUUCUUCGCUAAAUUGCCAUUCGAAACCUCUGACUUUUGUAGAAGAAAUAAAGGCAGCUGUUUUAGAACGACAAGCUAAAGCAAAGAAAAAGGCUAUGAUGGAAGACGGGGACGGAGAUUCGUGCAGUGCGGGUUACGAACACGGUCUUCCACAAUAUGAGAAUUACUCGGAGUCAAAUUCUUUAAUAUCCGAAGAAGAAAUUAUUUCGAAUCAGGAGAUGUCAAACGUUUCUUGGCCCGGCUCCCCUCCUCCCAAUAUUUCUGUUAUGCUAAAAGUGCCUGUAAUCGGUGACGAAAUUGGUGAUGGUAUAAUUAGUAUAGAUGGUGAUGGUGAUGGUGAUUGGGAAGGUGAAGGUGAUGGUGACGGCAAAGCAGAUUCUUUUCAAGAAGAUACAGAAGCAGAAACACACGAGAAAGACGUGAAGAGAAUGUGCAGUCCCAACGCUCAGAAAAACGAAUCGGGAAGUUACGAGGAGGGGACGGAAAAGGAUAGGAAGGCCCACCACUGGCAAAGUGGUCCCGUGCACCAGUGGACGGCCAAUCAAGUGGGCCAGUGGCUGUUGGCUCUGGGACUGGAACAGUACAUCCCGAAAUUCGUGGAGAGCGACGUCACCGGACAGAUUCUGCUUCAAGUGGACAGCGCACGUCUAAAGGUGUUGGGCGUGGCCAGUAGCGGCGACAGGUCCCUGAUCAAGAAGAAGGUGAAGGAAAUGAGAUCCAUGCUGGAAAAGGAGAGGAAGGCACACGUGAAGGAGCAGAAGGCCCGAGAGAAGCAGCAGAAGAAGGCGGAAAAGGCGUCGAAGAAGAAGUGAAUGGGUGGUCCCCCCCAAUUCCGAAAGUGUAGAGGGCGCGGAUACGGAACGUAUUAUCGGUUGUGUUUUCUCAGGUACAUCGCGGACCGAGCUCUAAACUGCCAAUUGUAGAGCCUCGAACGGCGACAAUCCCGGAAGCUAUCACAAUAUUGUUUCGUAGACACAAGUUAUUUUUGUUUAAUUAUUUCGUUAUCGCGAAGUAAUUUUUUUUUUUUUAAAUAAUAACGGGACCGAAUUUCUUUACGACGAAGUAUUUUAUACGUACGCGUAGUUGUUUUUGUAGGAUUAUUUUCUACCAAUCGGGAGCGACGACAGCGCCCUUUCUACCGACGGCGGAGAUUCCGCAAAGUGAUUUUUUUUUAUAUUAAAUUAUUCGGUCGCGACGAAGCUUUAUAUAUAUAAUUUUUUUACCACGCGUGAGGAAAUUUUCGUAUUUAACCGGUUUUACACAAAUCUUUGUAAGGGAAACUUUUUAGAAUUUUUUUAUUGGGUGAAAGAGAAGCUAUUUUUCACAAUAUUUACACAAUUUUUCCACAGAAAAUUUUAUUUUGUAGACUUUUUCCCUCCCUCUCCAUCCGUUAACGACGAGGACCCGCCGACUUUAUUUUUACGCGGGUCGUCGGGUUUUGUAUCAGUAUUUUUUAUUCGGAAAAACUGCGCGUAAAAAAAACCCCCUUUUCAUAUUCCGGUCCACCUCUCUUGUAAAUAAUGCACAUAAUGGCACUUCCAUUUCGCAGUUUACCUACCGACGAAACGCCCUCAUGCCGAUUCCCCCAUAAAAGGAAGAAGAAGAAAAGAAAAGAAUGGCUUUGUUUUUUUGUAAAUGCGAAAUGUAAAUUUCACCCUCGGAAUAGCGUCGAAAACGUAGUUACGGGCGAACGGUUUUCGAAUUCGUGAUGCCGCGUUGCCCCCUGUUUUAGCGAAUUUGCAAAAUUCGCCCCGUGUACAGUCUCUUUUAAGAGAUGGCCAAAGGAAGGAGGGUUUGGUCCUUUCUCCUUCUGGUUCCUCCUCCUAACGCUUGGUACGAAACGAUUCGUAUCCCGAGUCGAACUUUUUACUCUAAUACCCAGAUUUACCGUCUUUCUAGGAGGCGCGAGGGUGUUCCAAUCACUCUAUUUAUUUUGUAUAGCGAAAUUGUUUUUUUCCCUUUAUUUAAUAACACAUCCGAGAUUAUUUGUCGCGAUCUCCUUUUUUAUAAAUGUUAUUUACGCAUCCAAUGACUUUUGUAAAUGAAACCGAAUAAAUUGUCUUUCUAACAGAACUUUAGCUUCUCUCUUUUACCAGUCGAAGGCAAAGGAAGGCCCUUUCUACCACACCUCCGUGGGGUCGUCCACCCUUGUAAUCCCUCCAGUGGGCAUAAAAUGUAACGACAGAAGCGAUACAGUAGACAUUCUUUUGGCCG